AUGGCUUCAAGUAGCCAUGACCGCGGCCCCGACGACGAUAAUUUCCACAUCGAUCACUCAAUCCCCUUGCAGGAUCUCUCAUCGCCAGACCAUGAACGUGGAGGUCCAGCUGGUGUUGCGACAAGGCUGGGCCGAUCUUUGACCGGUAGGGGCCGGACAGGGAGAAACUAUGAGCGCAUAGCGGUGGAUUCGCCCGUUGAAACGGCCAAUGCGGCGGGCAAUGCGCGCCCGCACCCUCACAUUUCCCAUGAAGAAGAUGAAGACGCAAUCGAAGAUCCGGGGGCAUUUGCUCAAGCGACUUCAUUCGGUCUCAGUUUUGACCCCUCGUCCAGUACCUCUCUUGCCCCGACGCAUAGUCGAGCACCCUCCAGUGUUGACCUAGAUACCGUGCCGCUCGACGGAGCCGAACACUAUCUCGCCCACAUCGACACCUACAACGACACCGCACGAUUGACGGAGACACAAAACGUCCAGCCCAUAAGCGGAGCAUCCGGCUCAGACAAUGGACAUCAGAAUGAUCAGGGCGGUACAAAAUCGGUUCAGUUUCCUGCUACCAGCCAUUCGGGGGCACGAUUGGGUGACGAUCUACACAAUCUAGAGGGUGGUUUCGUGGGGAGAUCCCGCGGAGGAAGCAAUGCAGCGGACAGGUCGCGAUCGCUGUCUCCCUCGGCUUCCGGAUCUGCCUUGAUGCGGGCCAGUUCCAUGAUGAAGUCGAUGUCCCAGCGUAUUGUCAACCUUAGUAACGAACCUGAAGUGGUGGAACAAUCGAUCCUCAGGGAGGAAUCGCAUAAGAAUGCGCGAAUGGAAGAGCCCCCGGCACUGCCAUCUUUGCCAGACUAUGCGCAUGAUGCGCCGUCUACCAGUUCAUUGAACAGUUCAGCUCCUGGAGAGAAAUUGCCAUCGAACAAUAAGGCAUGGCGCGGCAUUAGCAACCCUCUGAGAGGGAAAUCGCUGGGUAUUCUAGGCCCAGAUAAUGCCCUGCGGAUGUGGUUGUGUGAUAUACUCGUCCAUCCGUUCACGGAACCCUUUAUUUUGAUUGUGAUUGUGGUCCAAACAAUUUUGCUGACCAUUGAAUCUGCACGCUCUGUCUGGAGUUAUCCUCGGGCUGUCCGUUGGGGAGCAAAUCCCAUGGAUUAUCCUUACUUCGCCAUCUUCAUUAUCUAUACGCUCGAGAUUAUCGCUAAAAUCCUCGUGUCAGGAUUGAUCAUCAACCCUGCCGAAUACAGCACUCUAGACCGGUCGAUGGGGUUCAGGAAAGCAGUUGUUGAGAAAGGGAAGAACUUGAUCAUACCACAGCGGCAAUUCUCAGUGCGGAAGUCUGCCAUGUCAGAACAGCCCCAGGCUUCCAUUAUACGCACUUUUACGGGCGGAUUGAAUCAAUUGGAGAAUCAAUUGGCCGAUGACCCCCUCCAGAAGAGUCGCGUACGACUGGCCCACCGUGCCUUCCUGCGGCACUCGUUCAAUCGGCUUGAUUUCGUCGCCUUAGUAUCGUACUGGGUGUCGUUCUUCCUCUCGAUCUAUGGAGUCGAGACUCGCCAGCAGCUCUAUGUGUUCAGCAUGCUGAGCUGUCUUCGAAUUCUUCGUCUCCUGAAUCUGACCAAUGGUACUUCUGUUAUCCUGCGCAGUCUCAAAAAAGCGGCACCAUUGCUUGCGCACGUAGCGUUCCUUAUCGGCUUCUUCUGGCUUCUGUUUGCUAUCGUCGGCAUCCAAAGCUUUAAAUCAAGCUUUCGGAGAACCUGUGUCUGGCUUGGCGUUGACGGUGAAAAAGAUUACGCACAGAAUGAUCCAAACGGCUCCUUACAGUUUUGUGGAGGCUACGUCAAUUCGACCACUGGACUACAAAUGCCUUGGCUUCAGAAGGAUAAUACUUUCGGUUCAUCUUCUCCCAAAGGCUACAUCUGUCCUGCAGGCUCCAUUUGUCUUGAAGGAGACAACCCCUACAACGGGACAUUGAGUUUUGACAAUAUCGUCAAUUCGCUGGAGCUUGUGUUUGUAAUCAUGAGCUCGAACACGUUCACCGACCUACUCUACUAUACUGCUGACAGCGAUUAUCUUGCGUCUUCUCUUUUUUUUAUAUGCGGGCUUCUCAUAUUGAGUUUGUGGAUGGUCAAUUUGCUGGUUGCAGUGAUCACCCACGCUUUUCAGGUUAUCCGAGAAGAAAGCCAGCGCAGUGCCUUUGCCGUUAAAAAGAUAGACACGACUGAGAGAGAGGAUUUGGCCUCUCGGAAGGUCAGUGCGAUCAAGCGUCUCUAUGACAAGACCGAGUGGCUCUGGGUUUGCAUUAUCAUUUUUGAUCUUGUCGUCCAGGCUAUGAGGAGUGCUUCGAUGAGCGAUGAUCGGGCCCACUUCAUUGACACCACAGAACUUGUUAUGACUUUCGUCUUCCUUUUCGAAAUCAUCCUAAGAUUUGCCUCGGAUUGGCGCACGUUUCACAAGAAAACGCGGAAUUGGGUCGAUCUGGGCCUUGUCGUAAUAACGUGCAUCAUUCAGAUUCCAGCAAUCAAGCGUGAACGAGCGUACGAUGUCCUUACACUCUUCCAAAUUCUUCGAGUAUAUCGUGUUGUGCUCGCCUUCAAGGUGACCAGGGAUCUCAUUAUGGUCGUCUUCCGCAAUGCAGUUGGUCUGCUGAACUUGAUCUUCUUUGUCUUUUUGAUUACGUUCCUUGGUUCCAUCUUCGCAACUCAGCUCUUUCGUGGGCAGAUUCCAGAGGAAGACGCAGAUGGCGAUACCAUAAUCAUCACCUUUUCCGAUAUCUACAACUCUUUUCUCGGGAUGUACCAAAUCUUGUCGAGCGAGAAUUGGACAGAUAUCUUGUAUAACGCUACCACGUACACAGUGUCAUACAACACAGCUUGGAUCUCUGCGGCUUUCUUGAUAAUAUGGUUCAUCCUGGCCAACUUCAUUGUCUUGAACAUGUUCAUUGCAGUCAUCCAGGAAAGCUUCGAUGUCUCGGAGGAUGAGAAACGGCUUCAGCAAGUCAAAGCGUUCUUGCAGCAGAAACAAGUCAACAUGGCCUCGCAGGGAAACUUGUCUCUUUCCAAGAUUUUCAAGCUCGGUAAGGACUCGAGCCGGUAUAAGGAUCCUCUUGAUCACGGCCCAGCGGCACUGGAGAUGUUGCUCAAGGAUGCUGUCGUCCAAGAGUUCCUUGAUGAGGAUGAACCACCUGAGAAUCGGCCGGGCGACAACGUUCCAUUAGAGCAGUCGGCCACAGCCGAGACAGCUCAGCCAGGAUUUUUCUCGCGCACCUGGACGAAGUUCACCACUUCAGUUAUGCGUCGAGAGCCAAACCCUUUCUAUUCCAAGCUGGAUAUCCCGCGAACAUUCGACGAGCUAGACCCGAGGACGAUGGCCAAGGAAUUUGUUUCAGCAGCUGAGCAGAGGAAAAGGGCUCAGCGAGAGUAUCUCAUGCGACAUCCAAAUUACAACAAGUCACUAUUCAUCUUUGCGCCAAACCACCCCGUUCGGAAGCUAUGCCAGCGUAUCGUGGGACCGGGGCGUGGAGUUCAACGAGUGGAGGGUGUAGAUCCCUACAAGCCUGUCUGGUAUGCAUUUUCUGCCUUUAUUUACGCGGCAAUUGUCGCAAUGGUGUUGCUGGCCUGCAUAACCACACCGAUCUACCAGAAGAAUCACUUUACGACGAACAGGGAUUGGUUCACCUACACUGACAUGGGCUUCGCGGUCUUGUUCACCAUAGAAGCUAUCAUCAAGGUUAUAGCGGACGGGUUUUUCUGGACGCCUAAUGCGUACUUUCGCGGCUCCUGGGGCUUUCUUGACGGAGUAGUUUUGAUCACGCUCUGGAUCAGCGUCGGUGGAUCCCUGUUCGAAGAUUGGGGCGUCACUCGAGCGAUUGGAGCAUUUAAGGCGCUUAGGGCGUUGAGACUCUUGAAUGUUAGUGAUAGCGCUAAGAAUACUUUCCAUUCAGUGAUCAUUGUUGGAGGAUGGAAGGUCAUCGCUGCCGCAGCUGUUUCGAUGAGCUUUUUGAUCCCCUUCGCUAUCUAUGGAGUGAAUCUUUUCGCCGGACGAAUGGUGUCAUGCAAUGAUGGCGACAUUUCAGGAAGCCUGGAUCAGUGCAUUGGUGAGUACAAGAACACGCCUUUUAAUUGGGAUGUUCUCUCUCCGCGAGUGGCCGACAAUUCCUACUACGACUUUGACAACUUUGGCGAUUCCCUUUUCAUUCUGUUCCAAAUUGUCUCUCAAGAAGGGUGGAUCGACGUGCAGGACAGUGCUAUGAGCAUUACUGGUGUGGAUACGCAGCCGCAGGACUAUGUUGCGCCGGAGAAUGGGCUCUUCUUCAUCAUCUUCAACCUGCUGGGUGCCGUCUUCGUCCUGACGCUGUUCGUAUCUGUGUUCAUGCGGAACUACACAGAAGAGACUGGUGUAGCGUAUCUUACUGCUGAACAGCGAUCAUGGCUGGAACUGAGGAAGUUGCUCCGGCAAAUCUCCCCUUCAAAGCGCUCCUUCGACAAUAAGAGCCGACAAUGGAAGAUGUGGAGUUACCGAGUCGCCGUUAAGAAACAUGGCCCAUGGGCAAGAUGUGUGACUUUCAUCCUCACACUUCACCUGUUGUUGCUGGUCUUGGAAUACUAUCCCGAGCCGGAGGUAUGGGAUCAAACCCGAGAAAUCAUAUUCUUUGUUUUCAACUUCGUCUACAUUGCCAAUGUUCUGAUCCGGAUGCUUGGCUUGGGUUGGCAUCGGUUUAGCCGGAGUUCAUGGGAUGUGUAUUCGUUGCUCUCUGUUUCCGGAACGUUCAUCACGACGAUCUUGAGAUUCGUCUCGUCGAGCCAGGUGAUCAACGAACUGAACAAGCUCUUCUUGGUCUCGAUCACGCUUCUUAUUAUUCCCCGAAACAACCAGCUUGACCAGCUGUUCAAAACUGCAGCGGCGAGUCUGACGUCGAUCGGAAACCUCAUCGCCACGUGGUUUGUCCUUUUCCUGGUAUUCGCGAUCGCCAUGAACCAAGCCUUUGGUCUCACGAAGUUUGGUUCACAAGAGACCGACAACCUCAACUUCCGCGAUGUUCCCAAGGCGCUGGUGCUGCUCUUCCGGAUGAGUUGUGGAGAAGGCUGGAACGAAAUCAUGGAAGACUAUGCCACGAUGAGUCCUCCGAUGUGCACCUACGAUGGUAACUUUUUCUUAGACGACUGUGGCAGUGCGCCGUGGGCUCGGACACUUUUUAUUGCUUGGAACAUUAUUAGCAUGUACCUCUUCGUAUCCUUGUUCACAUCCUUGAUCUUUGAGAGCUUUUCCUACGUGUACCAGAAGAGCAGUGGACUCUAUGCGAUCAGUCGUGAGGAUAUCCGCCGAUUCAAGCAUGCAUGGGCUACAUAUGACCCGGACGGAACCGGGUAUAUCACCAAAGAACAGUUUCCGCGACUGCUGGGGGAGCUCUCGGGGGUGUUUUCGAUGCGAAUCUACGAUGGCGAAUUUACUAUCGGCCAAAUCAUGGAAGAGUGCCGGGUUGACAAGCGCGACUCGUUGCUUGCGCAUCGGAGAGUGGUCGACGGGCUGGACUUGGACAAGAUGGCCAGAAUCCUUCGACAGAUCCCAACGGACGUAGUGCGCAACCGCCGACAACGGCUGAACGCGUUCUAUGAGGAGGUACUUGUGUCGGCAGACCCGGUGCGCGGCAUCUCGUUCCACUCCUGUCUCAUGAUCCUGGCCCACUACAACGUGAUCAGCGACAGCAAGAGUCUGCGACUGGAAGAGUUCCUGCGCAGACGGGCGCGACUGCAGCGUGUCGAGGAAACCAUCCGUCGGCAGACCGUGAUCGGCUUCUUCGACACACUAUAUUGGUCUCGCGAGUUCCGGCGUCGGGUUGAGCAUAAGAAGUCGGCCCGGAUGAGUGGUGUUCCUCAGUUCUCGGUGCCGGAGAUCUUUAUUGAUGACGGAUCUCACGACGACCCGGCGGCGACCGAGGGGCCACGAGAACAAGCACGCGACGCGCUGACCGGAGAAGAAUCGUCGCAGCAGCCGAUGCUGUCCCCAACAUCCCCGACCGGGCGAGCCACACGGUACCAGCUGCCACCCAUCGAUACCAGUCCGCUGGGUCGGAUCUCUGUCUUGAACUCCCCGGCGACGGAAUGGUCCAGCAUCAGCCCAUCGCUGUCGCCUCUGCGGGAGCGGGCUGGCACGACGUCGUCGUACGGCAGUGGGGGAGAUGUGCACGAUGAGCAGACAAGCCCGGCACAUUCGCGACAGAACAGCGCGAUGAACGUGAACGAUGUGAUGCAGUCGCUGGGCGAGUCGGUGUGGGGCGAGAGUAUCCGACGCAGCUUCACACAGCGACGGCGAUCGGGGGAGUGA